AUGGAUCUUCCGGAGAACAAGCUGGCAGACUUCAUUAAAGACAAUGAAAAGGCCAAGUGGAGACCAGUCAACAAUCACUAUAUAACUCAAUUCACUCAAUGUGACAUCCAAAGGAUCACAAAGAAUUAUGCCACACCCAUUGGGAAAGGGGCUUUUGGAGAAGUUUACAUAGGGCUUCUUGAUAAUGAGGCAUUGAACUACAUGCACUCAAUGUAUCAACCCAUCAUUCAUGGUGACAUCAAGCCUGAAAACAUACUUCUAGAUGAUAAAUUGGGUGCAAAAUUAUCUGAUUUUGGAAUAUCAAGGAAGAAAAUAUGUGAAAACGGGACGUGUAGUGAUCUCACAGAAAACUUCAUGAAGGCUGUUGAAAAGGGUAAAAAGAUAAGAGAGAUGCUUGAUACUGAAAUUUUGAAUGCUGAUUGGAAAACUUUGAAUAAAGUUGGAAAGCUUGUAGCUGAUUGCCUCAAAAGGAACCUCAAUGAACGCCCUGAUAUGAAAGAUAUUGUACAGCGUCUUCACAAGCUUCAUGAUCAAGGGAAGGGAAAAACUACUCAAUGGUCGUUACGGGGAGAACAGAAAGUCAACCAGGACAAUAUAACCACUGCCAACUCAAACUCUGCAUUGCUUUACAAGGAGCUGGGGCCAACUUUUAGGAGUGGCAAUAUUAUUAGUAGAGGCAACUAUUUUGAAACUUACAGGGGGUAUAUUCACUAUCUUGGCGAUGAUAAAUGUCCAGUUGCAGUUACGAGAUCAAUAACAAAGAGUGUUGGACAUGAUUCUGUAAUUGUAAAAGAACUUUACUUUCAAGCUCAACUCAGUCACGUGAACAUUCUUAGGCUCAUUGGUUAUCACUUAGAUAAUGAUAUCCUUGUUCUGGUCUUUUACUUUGCGUCGUCCAAGGGUAGCCUCGACGGCAUUCUUCUUGGCAUCAACAGGAUGCCUCUCAGUUUGGAUAAGUAUAUUUCCCAAGAUGCUGCCCAUGUCAUUGGUGAUAGGAGACUUAUAGAUCCAGUGUAUCUGCAGACUGGCCGGUUAACCAUUAGAUCUGAUGUUUUCAGUUUCGGGAUUGUGCCGUUAGAACUCUUUACGAGGAGAAAACACUCGGUUCCCGACGGUAAUUGGUUGCUCCAGGAUUUUCUUGAUGCUUACAGAAAUAAGAAAGUGAUCCAGCUUGUUGAUCCAGAAAUUGCAAUAGCAGAAAACAUGGAGCUUCUUUACAGUAUCAUAGAAAUAGUUAUGCAAUGCCUAAAUCCUGAUAUUGAUCAAAGUCCAUUGAUGAUAUAUGUGGCAAAGUGUCUCCCGGACACGUUGAAGAGACCUCAGGGCAAACAAAUAGAGUGUGAUUCGCUGCUGAGCAGGGGCGGAGGCAAGUAUUUGGCAAGGCUUGGCCUCCGCCAUAGAGUGUGA